AUGACAGACAUUCUAUUAGCUACAGCUCAAGUUAAUGUUUUGGGAGUUGACGGGACCUACAAAACUAUGAGAGCCCUUAUUGACCAAGGGUCUCAAACCUCCAUUAUUUCGGAAAAUGCAGCACAACAACUUGGAAUUCAUCGCCGAAGGUGCAAAGGUUCCAUCUUCGGUAUUGGAGCGAAAGAAAGUAACUGUAAAGGAGUAAUGACAAUUACCAUAGCAUCAAAACAUAAUGAGUUUACUAUGAAUAUUGAUGUAUUAAUAAUGAAAACCCUUAUCAAUAAGCUACCAAACCAAUCUUUCACCAAACCAUCCUGGCAGUUCCUCGAAAAUAUACAAUUCGCAGACCCUGAAUUCAACCAAAGCCGCCCUGUCGACCUAUUACUGGGUGCAGAGGUGUAUUCUGAAAUUAUCCUACACGGCAUUAUAAAGGAAGAUCAGUCACUACCCAUCGCACAACAGACGCAAUUAGGAUGGAUCUUAUGUGGUAACGUGAGAUCGUACUACUGUAACGUGGUUUUGAACAACUGUGACGAUAUAAAAAGGUUUUGGGAAAUAGAAGAUUUGACAGAACAACCGGAUAACCAGUCUAGAGAAGAUUUAUACUGCAUACAACAGUAUCAAACGGAAACCAAACGUCAACCAGACGGCCGUUAUGUCGUAAGAUUGCCAAUGAAACCGGAAGUAAAGGAACUAUUGGGGGAAUCUAAGUCAAAGGCUAUAGCUCAAUUUCACCAAUUAGAAAGAAAAUUUGGAAAAAAUAGCCAAAUAGCAGCUGAUUACAAGCAAUUCAUGAACGAAUAUUUUAACCUUGGUCACAUGAAAUUAAGUCAUAAUAACCAACCAAUAGAGUACUUUUUACCACACCACUGUGUAAUACGCAGCGAAUCAACAACGUCUGCAAUACGAGUUGUAUUCAACGGGUCAGCGAAAACAUCUACUGGACAUAGUGUAAAUGACCUCAUGUACAGCGGACCGAACUUGCAACUAGACUUAUUAUCUGUUAUUAUAAAAUGGAGACAGUACAAAGUAGGUUAUGUAGCAGAUGCUGAGAAGAUGUUUCGGCAGAUUAAUUUGAAUGAAGAGGACCAGCAGUACCAGAAAAUCAUAUGGAGAGACUCUCCGAACAAUCCUUUAAGUCAAUACCAAUUAACCACUGUUACCUAUGGAACCAAAGCGGCACCAUUUUUAGCACUGAUGACUAUGAAGCAGUUAGAUAAAGAUAAGACAGAAGCAGCGAAGGUUCUGGAAAAUAAUCUGUACAUGGAUGACGUUUUGCAUGGUCAGCACAAUCUCGAAUCUGCAAAAAAGAUUAAGGGUCAACUAAUCGAAUUAUUUAAUGCCGGUGGGUUUAAUCUGCGUAAGUGGAAAUCAAAUGAGACUGACCACGCAGACAUUCGUUGGGAAUUAAAAACGAUCGGUGAUAAAAUCGAUCAAGUAAAGAAUAACACCAAACCAAAUCUAGAAGAUGAAGAAUCUUUCAACUACCACGAUGUUCACCACUACAUCGCGAUUUAUGUACUUGCUGGAGCUAUUCUAUUAACAUGUUUGGCGUACGGAGUGCGGAGGAUCCGCGCACGAGUACAGCCGCGCGCAGAAGCGCUGCCACCGCCCCAACCGCAACCGAGAACACGCCAUAUAGCUGACCACCAGUAUCAUAGUGAAAAUAAUCCGUGUUUUAGUGUUAGUGAUGAAUACAAUAGCGUGAAUAACCAUCCUAGUACGAGUGCGACGAACCAUUUAUAUGCCCGAGUGAAUAAAGUGAAACACCCAAACUCAUUCAGUUUUGGUGUAGUGGAAUAG